AUGACCACCACUAAAAGCUUACAAAGGGUUUGGUUAGAUCCGAUAGUGAUUUUAAUGGAGUCUACGGAGGUUAAAAAGAGGGGUAGAGGUAGACCCAAAAAGCGGAAGCGUAUCGAGGAAGAGAGUGAAGAUAAGAAAUUAGAAGUAGCUAGUGCUUUGAAAAAACAAGCUCUGGAUUUUAGAUGGAAGCCAUUAGUGGGCAGGUAUGUGUUGAAAGAGUUUGAUAGUGGGAUUUUUUUGGGGAAGAUAGUGUAUUAUGAUACUGGGUUGUAUAGGGUGGAUUAUGAGGAUGGGGAUUGUGAGGAUUUGGAGAGUGGUGAGUUACGCACAAUAAUGUUAGGGGAUGAUGAUUUCGAUGAUGAAUUGUUUUUUAGGAGGGAGAAACUAGAUGAAUUUAUUUUGCAAAAGAAUGAGAAGAGAAAGGCAGAAGCAGAGAAGGAAGUGGUGGAUUCGAAGAACGAGGUGAAUAAGGUUGAGUCAUCAUUGUUGAGUGGUGGGUUGACAGUUGAGAAUGAUGGGGUGCAUUGUGAGGAUGAUGCGGAUUCCUCGAGUGAUUCGUGUGAGCAUGAGCAGGGUGGGUGUUUGGGAAUGGAAGUGGAGACUCCAAUUGUUCCACCACCGCAAUUGCCUUCAUCAUCAGGGAGUAUAAGUGUGCCAGACGAGUAUGUCUCACAUCUCUUUUCGGUUUAUACAUUUUUGAGGUCAUUUAAUAUCCGUCUUUUCCUAAGCCCAUUUACUUUGGACGAUUUGGUGGGGGCGAUAAAUUGCUCAGUCCAGAACACAUUGUCUGAUGCCAUUCAUGUUGCUUUGAUGCGAGCAUUGAGACGCCGUCUCGAAGCACUCUCUUCAGAUGGUUCUGAGCUUGCAUCAAAAUGCUUGAGGCAAUUCUGUCAUGUGUAUGGCUGUUUUUGUGCUGUAUGUUCCUGUGCUUUGAUGAGCGUGGAUUGGUGCUUGCUUGACUCACUCACUUGGCCUGUUUAUUUGGUCCAUUAUUUUACAAUAAUGGGAUAUGUGAAGGGAGAUGAGUGGAAAGGAUUUUAUGAUCAUCUUUGGAAGAGGGAGUAUUAUUCCUUGCCAGUGGGUAGGAAGUUGAUGAUUCUGCAGAUCUUAUGCGAUGAUGUCUUGGAAUCUGCAGAACUAAGAGCAGAAGUUGAUAUCCGUGAAGAGUCAGAAGUUGGUAUAGAUCCUGAUGCUGUUGCAACCAAUAUUCCUGACAAUGGACCAAGAAGGGUUCAUCCUAGAUAUUCCAAGACUUCAGCUUGCAAGUACAGGGAGGCCGUGGAUAUCCUUGCAGAGAGCCUAGGGAGCAAGUCCUUCAGCAAUUCAAAGUAUCUGGGCUCCAAAGGCACUGAAAGGGAUGGGAAUGUAUCUGAUGCUGAUAUAGAUGGUAAUGGGGACGAAUGCCGCCUUUGCGGCAUGGAUGGAACCUUGCUUUGUUGUGAUGGAUGCCCUUCAUCAUAUCAUUCAAGAUGCAUAGGUGUUGUCAAAAUGUAUAUACCUGAAGGCCCAUGGUAUUGUCCGGAGUGCAUUAUCAACAAGUUGGGACCUACUAUUACAAUGGGAACAUCACUUAGAGGAGCAGAAGUAUUCGGAAUUGAUUUGUAUCAGCAAGUCUUCUUGGGUACUUGCAACCACUUACUGGUGCUGAAAGCUUCUACAAGUGGAGAACCAUGCUUCAGAUACUACAAUCCGAUGGACAUCCCAAGAGUCCUGAAAGCACUUUCUAUAUCCUUGCAACACAGAUCAUUGUACUCAGAGAUUUGCAAGGCAAUUGCACAUCAUUGGAACAUUCCCCAAAGUGCAUCCUCACUUUUGGAAAAAAUGGAAAGAGGCUUCAAUAUAGCUUCUGUGAAGGAAGAUGCAAAAUUUUCUACUCUAACUCUUCCUUGUGAGGAAAACUGUCAAGUUCCAGGCAAUGUUGAGGCUGAGAAUGCAGUUAGUUUAAAUGGAAGAAAUUCAGAUAUUGUAGCAGUUUCAUGUCUUGAUACCUCACUUGAUACCUCGCUUGAUGCAAUGGUUCAAGCUGGUCCAAAGUACAUUGUGAGUGAUGGUGACCUAUCGAGAACAGGAAAUUGCCACCUUAUGAGCAUGAAGCUUGAUGAGCAGAUUAAACUGGAGUCUACUGAAUCGGUUAACCAGCUAGCUGAUCCAUCCGAUGUAACCCAGCAAAGCCUGAUUGACAGAUCAAAUGCAAUAGAACUUACCACAUGCACAUCAGCAAACAGUGCUGGCAGUCGUAUUGAGAAUGGAAAUGGUAAUUUUGUUCCAGCUUCUGUGUUUUUCCAAAGCAAGGAAGGCAAUCAUCCGGGCUUUGAAAAGGUUGAGAGAAAUUCAACAAAUAGCUGUUCUUAUGUGGGAACUUUUUUCAAACCUUAUGCCUACAUAAAUCACUACAUGCAUGGGGAUUUUGCAGCUUCUGCUGCUGCUAAUCUCAGUGUUCUUUUAUCCGAGGAAAGCCGCUCAGAAAUUCAUAAAUCAGGCAAUGGCAGGAAAGUUAUUUCUGACAUUUUAUUGCAAGCAAAAGCUUUUUCAACAGCAGCUUCUCGUUUUUUCUGGCCAUGUUAUGAAAGAAAGCUUGUGGAGGUGCCAAGAGAGAGGUGUGGUUGGUGUCAUUCUUGCAAGCAGCCCCCCAGCAACAGAAGGGGAUGCAUGUUAAAUUCAGCUGCCUUGACUACUACUAAAGGUGCUUUGAAGAUGAUCAGUGGACUCCGUCCGAUUAUGAAUGGAGAGGGAAGUCUUUCUAGCAUAUCAACAUACAUUGUAUACUUGGGGGAGAUUUUAUGUGGUCUUACAAUUGGCCCCUUUCUGAGUGCAAUUUAUCGAAAACAGUGGCGUAAACAAGUAGAAGAUGCUUCAACUUAUGCUGCAAUAAAACAGCCAUUGCUUGAACUUGAGGAAAACAUCCGCCUUAUUGCUCUUUCUGGGGACUGGGUCAAGGCAAUGGAUGAUUGGUUGUUUGAAUCUUCAGUGACCCAAAGUUCUCCAAGUAUUAUUGGAACCACACAAAGACGAGGAGUGAGUGGGAAGAGACAUAGAAAACAUUUAGGUGGUUCGAGAAAGAUUUCUGGUAUCCAUUACACUGAUGAUUCGGAUAUUCCUAAUAGAAGCAGACAAUUGGUUUGGAGAGCUGCUGUUGAAAGGAGUAAGAAUGCAUCACAACUUGCACUUCAGGUUAGAUACCUAGACUAUCACGUGAGAUGGAGUGAUCUUGUUCGUCCUGAGCAGAACCUCCAGGAUGGAAAAGGUUCAGAGACUGAGGCAUCUGUUUUUAGAAACGCAGUCAUUUGUGAUAAGAAAAUUGAAGAAAAGAAGAUCAAGUAUGGAAUUGCUUUUGGGAACCAAAAGCAUCUUCCUUCCCGCAUCAUGAAGAAUAUAAUUGAAAUUGAGAAAACGGAAGAUGGAAAGGAUAAGUACUGGUUUUUGGAAAUGCAUGUUCCUUUAUAUUUGAUCAAAGAGUUCGAAGAAAGCGUAGAUAAAGUCAUUCCACCAUCAUCUAAGAUGCCUUCAAAUGAGUUAUCUGUGUUGCAACGAAGACAGUUGAGAGCUUCCCGCAGGGAUAUAUUUUUAUAUCUUGCCUGUAGGAGAGAUAAGUUGGACAAGUGCUCUUGUGCUUCAUGUCUACGUGAUGUUUUAAUUAGGAAUACGGUCACAUGCAGUUCUUGCCAAGCCUUUAUUCAUAGCAGAUUUAUGGACAGACUGCAGGAUGAUUUGGAAGUUGCAAAAGAGAUGAAGUUCAUGGUUAUAGUAUUUUGUUCAGUGCUUUACAUGGGAGCAAAGUGCUGUUAUUGUCAUCAGGACUGUACUCUAAGUUCAAGAAUUUAUACAAAUAAGGAAGCUCAGUUUUCAAUCACCUGCAAGCGAUGCUACGGUGCCAGAGCUGUUAUUUAUAAUGACAAAAGUAAUGAAUCUCUUACCAGUCCCAUGCCCCUGCAAGGGCAAGAACGUCAUAUGGCAGUGGCAGUCACAAAAGGCACAAGGACUAAAGUUGAUAAUCAACCAUUAGUGUCUGUCAGAACCCAGGAGAGUUGUUCUGAAGUGCUACAACCCACUUCUGCUUCUAGUAAGGCAACAAAACUCAGAAGUAGAAUCCAGGAGAGUUGUUCUGAAGUGAAACAACCCACUUCUGCUUCUAGUAAGGCAACGAAAACAAAAAGUAGAACCCGGGAUAUUUGUUCGGAAGUGAAGCAAGCAACAUCCUCUUCUGUUAAGGCAACAAAAACUGAAAGUAGAUCACGUAAUUGGGGUGUCAUAUGGAGGAAGAAGAACAUUGAAGAUAUGGGCAUUGAUUUCAGGCGUAAAAACAUUCUAUUAAGGGGUAGUCCAAAUGGAAACUGGUUAAUGCCGGAGUGUAAUCUGUGCAGAAAGGAUUGGUUUCAUGCUGAAGCUGUCGAAGUUGAAGAGUUGAAACUUGCUGAUGUUAUAGGCUUCAAGUGCUGUAGGUGUCGCAGGAUAAAAUCACCAAAUUGUCCUUACAAGGGUGACCAUGGUGAUGAGAAGGCAGAGGUUCUGAAGCCACAAAAGAGAGCAUCAGAGCAAGGAAUAGGAGUUGACUCUAGAACUAUUGUUGAAUCCAGGGACUUUGAGCCAACCACUCUAAUGUUUCCUGUGGAGAAUGUGUUCGUACAGGAUGAUGAUCCUCUUCUUUUCUCUCUUUCAAGAGUUGAGCAAAUUACAGAGCGGAGUCCUGGAGUGGAGUUGGAAUGGAACCUUGCUGGACAAGGGCCGCAAAAGCUACCAGUCAGAAGACAAGGGAAGCGCCAAGGAGAUGCUGAAGAUAUUUCUGGGACUAAUAUUUACCAUGCUGAUUCAUCCAUGUUACUUGAAACAAACAACGCCAUGAACUGUGAAGGGGAGAUGUCUUGUGCUGAAUGGGAUGUUUCUGGUGAUGGCCUUGAAAGUGAAAUGGUGUUUGAUUAUGAAGAUGUAAACUAUGAGGAUAUGGAGUUUGAGCCACAGACGUAUUUCUCUUUUACGGAGUUGCUGGCAUCUGAUGACGGUGCCCAGUUGGAUGGAUUUGAUGCCACUGGCAAAGGUUUGGGAAAUUGUGAGAAUCAGUUUCAUGCAGUUUCAGAGGACGAGUGCCGAAAGCAACAUGCAACGGGUACAUCUUGUGAUGAGUCUCUGGAACCUAAUCCUAACACAAUGCCUUGUAAGAUGUGUUCUGACUUGGUGCCAUCUCCUGAUCUUUCUUGUAACAUCUGUGGCUUAGUUUUACACAGCCAUUGUUCUCCUUGGGUUGAGUCUUCACCUCGAGAAGGCAGCUGGAGGUGUGGUAAUUGCCGAGAGUGGCGCUAG